AUGAGCUACAACUAUCAGACUUUGACUCAACAUCGACAAUAUGAUGACGCACAACGUAAUCGUAUUCGUCAUGAUGAUGUUCUUUCACAAGAAUUCGAUCGUUUAUAUAAAGACGUUAUAACACGUAAAUUUCGCCAAGAAGCCGAUCAUAAAGGAAAAGUUUUACGAGAUCGUGAAGAAAAACGUGUUAAUCUUAUACAUGAUAUUGAAAAACGACGAACAGAAUGGUCAAAUCCGAGUAUAUUCUCAUAA